CGGAAAUACAUCGUGCGGUAAAAAUGCGAACGAUGUGUCAUCAACAAAGCGUAAAACAAGGGUGGGAUUUAUAUUAUUGAGAAAUCUAGGCACAAAUCCAACGUACCCAUACAUUUAUAAGCUUUCCAUAGAUUAAAGUCAGAGCUAAAGACUCGAUGAAGGAGCUGUCAUAGAGAAGCUGGGUGUCUGGACCUGCAGAGAUACUCCUCCUACAGUGGACUGCUGCUGUUGUUAGCACACAGGCUAACUGUGAGCUGUGUUUAUAAACCCUGUCCAUCGGGGUCAGGACGGGACGGGACGGAGAUGUCCUGCUGCUUGUUGGAGUUCUGUCGUGUCCAGGAUCUCAAAACUGUCAGAGAGUUUUUAUUCCAAAACCAGAAACCUGAACCGCCGGAGGAUAACACUCAAACUGCAGAGAAUGAGCUUUCGUGGGACACUUCAGACUGGGAGUCGGCCUGGGAUCACCCGGAGGAGCCAAAGGGAGAUGGCAAUACCGUCUCCACGGUGGAGGAGGAGAGUGUGGCGCAGACGGCUCCCUGGAUGCAGGACUGCGUCGUGGCGCUGUCGCCCUGCUCGGACCUGCUCGUGGUGGCCCGCGACCACAGGGCCGUCUUCCUCACGGCUAAGUGGCGUUCAGGAGACAGUGGCCGGGAGGAGAUGACACUGGCAGUCUCCUGGAGUGGAACCCUCAGCGCUGAGGACGGGGAGUGUGUCAGCAGUGUCAUCUGCAUACCUUUGGCCAGCCAGAAGAGAAGCUCAACAGGGCGGCCUGAUUGGACCUGCGUAGUCGUGGGAUUCUCCUCAGGCUAUGUUCGCUUCUACACAGAGUACGGGGUCCUGCUCCUCUCCCAGCUGCUGAACGAAGACCCCGUGCUGAGACUCAAGUGUCGCACGUACGAGAUCCCCCGCCACCCCGGCGUCACGGAGCAGCACGAAGAGCUCAGCAUCCUGUACCCCGCCGCCCUGGUCACCAUCGACGGCUUCAGCCUCUACCAGUCCCUACGCGCCUGCAGGAACCAGGUGGCCAGAGCGGCGGCAGCAGGCAGUGACUCCAUCCAGCCCCCUCCCCUGGCCUACAAGAAGUGGGGUCUGCAGGACAUGGACACCAUCGUGGACCACAGCAGCGUGGGCAUCAUGACCCUGUGUGUGUUCGACCAGAUGAAGAACGCCUCCACCCUGGGGGGCUUCCACGCCACAGUGAAGGGCAGCCCCCCCGCCAUGAGUCAGUACAUCACAGUAGGGGGAGGGCCCUACACGGGCUUCUACUAUGCCAUCGAGGGGAGCUCCCAGCCUCUGCUGUCCCACGUGGCUCUGGCCGUGGCCAGCAAGCUCACCUCCGCUCUCUUCAGCGCUGCCAGUGGGUGGUUAGGAUGGAAGAACAAGAGCGAGGAGGAGCCAGCCCAGAAGCAGAAGCCCAAGGUGGAACCGGCCACACCCAUGGCUGUCAGGUUCGGUCUCCCGGACUCCCGGCGCCAUGGCGAGUCCAUCUGCCUGUCGCCGUGCAACACGCUGGCCGGCGUGACGGACGACUUCGGGCGCGUCACGCUGCUGGACGUGGCCCGCGGCAUAGCCAUCCGCAUGUGGAAGGGUUACCGGGACGCCCAACUGGGCUGGGUGCAGGUCUCGGAGGGGCGGGGCGACAGGGAGUCGUCCCCCUCGGCGCCCCUCCCCCGGCGCCACGCCCAGUUCCUGGUCAUCUACGCGCCGCGCAGGGGCAUCCUGGAGGUGUGGGGCACGCAGCAAGGGCCCCGCGUGGGCGCCUUCACCGUGGGCAAGCACUGCAGGCUGCUCUACGCUGGCUACCGUCUGAUGGGGGUGAACAGCGUGACCAGCCAGGGCUGGCAGCUCCACACCCAGCAGGUGUGUCUGCUGGACCCGACCAGCGGAGCCCUGAGGACCAUCACCGUGCCCUUCCACCUGGCCCUCAGUGACAAGAAGAGUGAGCGGGCCAAAGACAUGCACCUCCUCAAGAGGUUGACCACCAUACUCCGGAGCCGAGAGGUGGAGCCAGAUAUCCUGGAGAGCGAGGCCAAGAGUGUGCUGCUGGAUAUUAAACACCCGGCCAUUAAGAAGCAGGCGCUGGAGUCACUGCUGGCCAAUAAGAAGGCUCCGGUCUCGUGUCUGACUGGUGUCACUCGAGCCUUGCACGACAGUCUCAGGGAGCAAGACCCGGAGGUGGUGGAUGAGGCUCUGCUCCAGCUCUGCUCCUCUCAGCUCAAGCUGCUGACGCUCUACACAGACCUCCAGCAGCUGCACUCCGCUGAGGACACACAGCCAGGCCCCGCAGACUCUGACUCUGCGGUGGGCGUGGAGGAGGAGCUGUCCCGUGUGGACGGCGCCCUGCGGCGCUACGCCCAGCUGGCCUCGCGGCCCGGCGUGUCCUUUGCCCAGGACUCCCCGGACGCCCCGCUGCCCGCGCGCACCUUCCUGUCCCAGCUGGAGGGCGGCGAGGGCGGGGAGGUGGUGGUGGUCCGCAACGGGGACGAGGCGUGGAACCGGCUAGGGAGCUUCCUGUUCUGGGGCUGUCUGACUGGACAGAGCCCCAUCCACCGGGUGUGCAACAAGCUGGAGCUGGCUGGCAUCAGUCCACAGCAGCUCCUGUCCCUGCUGCUCAGUGUGUGGCUGCACAGGGAGAAGGAGGUGAUCACCAAGCCAGAGGACAUCGUUAGGAACUUCCACACGCUACUCAUCGCCCUGAGCAACAUGAAAGGAGCGGUGGAGGAGUCCUGGGACUCCCAGUCUGUCUCCCCCUGGUGGCAGCAGGUGCGCAGUGCGUGCGUCCAGUCCCACAGCGCUGGUGCCGCCCUGCUGGCCGCGCUGGUGGCCCACCGCGCCGCCAAGGCCAGCAUCACCCGCCUGUCGGACAGCAAGAUCCAGGCAGACUGGGAGGCGGUGUCCCUGGAGCUGGAGCAGUGGGCGGUGUGUGUGCGGCAGCUCGAAGACGUGCUGGCCCUUCAGACGCUGCUGUGGCUGCCGUCCCCCCUGGGCCCAGCAGGGGGAGCUCCGGCGCAGUGCUGCGCCAAGAGCCUGCAUGAGGGGGGAAGAGGGGGCGUAGCGGACAGCGUGGCCAAGUGGGUGUUCAGGCAGAACCUGGCGCCCGAGAGGCUGAAGGAGAUCCUCCUCCUGCACAAGAGGGGGAGCAGGGAGGAGACGGAGGAACAGCAGGAGCACAGAAGAGGAGGGCAAACGAAAGAGAAGGAGGAGGAGGAGAAGGAUGGCCCGGAGGACUUGGACAGGACAGCAGAGCUGCUGGUGGCAGUCAGUCAGCGCUUCCCAGACUCCCUCUCCCCUGACCUGCUGCUGGCCCAUUGCUGCUGGGAGUACGUGGUGCAGUGGAACAAAGACCCGGAGGAGGGGCUCUACCUCUACUGGGCCGUGGAGCAUCUCAAGCUGGUGUCCAGCCCCCACAUCCAGCUGGGGAUCUCCUCCAUGAUGUGGAGCACGUUCAUGGUCAAGCGCUUCUCCGCCGCCGCCUACCUCAUGGAGAAGGUUGGGAAGGCCCCAAAAGACCGCUUAUGCCGACGGGACGUGGGUAUGAACGACAGAGCCGUGACCACCUUCAUGGGCUCCAGCGUCCAGCUGCUGCAGAUCCUCAUAGAGGUGACUGGACUGUUGGCUCACAGCCAGAACCCUUUUUCUUUCUUAUGCGACGACGCGGACUCUGCGGUGGAGGAGGUGGCCCCCCCGGAGCUGUGCGUGGAGGAGGUGUGGUGUGGGGCCCAGGGCCCGGCCUCCAUCGCCGAGCUGGCCCUGGAGCAGCGCGGGGUCCACUUCCCCCUGGUGCAGCACCACUACCUGCUGGCCGCGCUGCUGCACGCCGCCAUGGCCUUCGGCCUGCGGGUCAAACCCCUCAGCCUGUUUGACAGCAAGGGCAAGAACGCCUUCUUCAGAGAGCUGACGUCCAUCCAGCUGAUGCCCAGCGGGGACAUGGACCCCGGGCUGGUGUCCCUACGCCAGGAGUACCUGCUGCGCGUGCUCACGGCCUGGGUGCAGGCCGCAGACGAGCCCCCGGCCCCCGGCUCGGCCCCCUCGGGCCCCGGCGGGCCGCCCCCUCUCCCGGGGGGCGGGCCGAGGGCCGACUGGUGGCCGUCGCUGUGCCUGGAGCUGGGCGUCCUGCUGCAGGUCAACCCCGACGUCCUCCGCCGACACCUGGUCUGUGAGCUCUACAACCAGGGCCUGGACCCCCGGGCUGAGGAGGUGAUGCUGGAGGUGGAGGACAAGGACGUGCUGGGCUCCCAGCUGCUGGUGCUGACGGGCCAGCGCCUCAGCUACUGCCUGCUGCACAGCCAGAGCCAGACCAGGGGCGCCAUGGAGCUGCUGGCCCGCCUGCCCCCCACCCUCUGCACCUGGCUCAAGGCCAUGGACCCCAGUGAGCUCCGCUGUCCCAUGGUGCCCCUGGGCCAGAGCCGACGCUUGGUGAGCCGCCUGAUUGAGAUCCUGCCUGAGAACCACGCCCAGUACAGCCUGGCCCUGCACCUGCUGGAGGCCGUGGAGGCCCUCACCACCGAGGCCUGAGCCCUCCUGGCCCCUAGAGGGAGACGGAGAGACACACACGUGCACGUGGGGGGGGGGGGGGGGGGGGGGGGGUUGGGUGAGAGGAGAUGAAUGCAAUGAAAAGGAUCACAAGAGGUGAGGCUGGAGGAGAGUGAAGGCGUGUAUAUAAAGGGGUUGGGUGUUCAUUAAAGAGCUAUAUAGACACUAUGUACAGCCAUACAGUAUAUUACCCCUCCUCCUCCUACACCUAUCUUUGUUGUAGCUUCAUCCCACUGGUUCAAAUGACGGGUAUUGUGUUGGUGAGGUUCUGACGGAGAGUACACCUGUAGUUUGUUGCAUCAGACACUGCAUUUCAAGGGCUUUUCAAGAGCCCGUCGUCCCAGUUAUUUGUUCCAUGUCUCUCAGUUUUACUUGUCUCUCGCUUUCAAACGUUGAUGUUUGAUUUAGCUCAUGACAAGCAUGCUUCUUCUUCACAGUGGAUUAUAACAGAAGCAUUAACAUCAUUGUAAAUAAAAUGGUAAGCAGCACCCUUCAUAAAAAAAUCAAAAGGAUUGGUUUUAAAUGGGUUUUACUCCCAUAUGUCAUUGUAAUUUUUUUGGAUGAAAUAUGUAACAUAUCUAUAUGGAGAGGAAAAGAGACUUGAAGAUUUAUGGUUUCUUGUUGACCCGGCUACCAUGGAGAAUGGACAUCGCUUGUUCUUUAAUAGUAGUGUCCUUGUAAUUCUACUCUCAUUCACGGAGUUGAUUGCGUUCCUUUCGCUAAUGGCUUUUAAGUAUUACACCGUUCAGCGACCUUAUCCUCUUCACGUGCCAUAAUAGUCCCUUCUCCAGCGUUUAUUCACUCGUAGCAACCUUCGAGGGUAACGGCGUGCAUUCGAGAGGAAUGAAGCCGAUCGUUAGUUAAUUUUUUUUGUAUUUAUAGCCACAGAUGGUAUGGUAUGCCUGCCCCCCCCUUCGCGAAGGCUGCAGAAUAAAAAAAGGUUUGAUGCUUCUCACCAACUAA